UGAUUAGUUCUCUUUGAGAUAUCAAAACCAUUAGUACUUGCAUUAAGAUACAAUAUCUCUUGUGAGUGUUCCAAAUUGAGAGUAAAACAAUGAGAGCUUGUUAUCUCCAAUUUCUGCUUCUACUUGCACUCUUAUCAUGUAAUGCAACAAAAUUUGGAUUUAGUUUCGAUUUGCGUGAUUCUAAAGUCAGAUGCAUAGAAGAAGAGCGGCAAGCACUGCUCCAAUUCAAACAACUCCUUGUUGAUCAUUAUCAUUGGCUGUCGUCUUGGUCCAAUGAUGAAGAUUGUUGCAAGUGGGAAGGAAUUAAAUGCAGCAACAAAACAGGUCAUGUUGUUAUGCUUGAUCUCCGAUCAGAUUAUUAUUUGAGGUAUCCUGAACCUGCAACAAAAUAUCUAGAAGGUGAGAUAAGCUCUUCAUUACUUAGAUUGCAGUAUUUGAUUCAUCUGGACUUAAGUUACAAUAACUUUUCCGGGAAACCCUUCCCCGAUUUUAUUGGCUCACUCACUAGAUUACAAUAUCUCAAUCUUUCAAGCACCAAUAUAGCCGGAGCCAUUCCACAACAAUUUGGAAAUCUCUCGAGAUUGAUUUCUCUUGAUCUCAGGUGGAAUUAUGAUUUGACGGAGGCACAUAAUCUUGAUUGGUUAAUUCAUCUUUCAUCUUUAACAUAUUUGGAUAUGAGCUGGGUCAACCUCAGCCGGGUAGUCAAUUGGCCCAACAAAGUUAUGAUGCUCCCUUCUUUGACACACUUGAGUCUAAGGGAUUGCAGUCUCUCCACAUUAACGACUCCUCCUCAGUUGCUUUCCAUCAAUGCUAAUUCCUUAUCACAACUUCUAUUUCUAGAUCUUUCUUACAAUUAUGAUCUGGUAAAGGCAGAUAAUCUUGAUUGGUUAAUUCAUCUUUCAGCUUUAACACAUUUGGAUAUGAGUUGGGUCAACCUCAGCCGGAUAGUCAAUUGGCCCAACAAAGUUAUGGUGCUCCCUUCUUUGACACACUUGAGUCUAAGCGGUUGUAGUCUCUCCACAUUAACGACUCGUCAAUUGCUUUCCAUCAAUGCUAAUUUCUCAUCACAACUUCUAUUUCUAGAUCUUUCUUACAAUUAUGAUCUGGUAAAGGCAGAUAAUCUUGAUUGGUUAAUUCAUCUUUCAGCUUUAACACAUUUGGAUAUGAGUCGGGUCAACCUCAGCCAGGUAGUCAAUUGGCCCAACAAGGUUAUGAUGCUCCCUUUUUUGACACACUUGAGUCUAAGGGGUUGCAGUCUCUCCACAUUAACAACUCCUCAGUUGCUUUCUAUCAAUGCUAGCACCCCAUCACAACUUCUAUUUCUAGACCUUUCUCACAAUUAUUUCACCUGCUCAAUAUUUCAUUGGUUGUUCAACUCCACUACAAGCCUUAUUGACCUGUACCUUAGUUCUAUUAAAUGGUUACAUGAAUGCUCCAUUCCAGAUGCUUUUGGUAGCCUAAAUUCACUUCAAACACUAAAUCUUGCUGGAAAUCAACUUGUUGGUGGCAUUCCAAGAUCUUUUUGGAAUUUAUGUUCCUUAGAUUCAUUGUAUCUUCAUAAUAACCGUCUCAGUGGAAACCUUUACAAAUUUAUGAGUAAUGCGUCAGGUUGCUUGGUGGGCUCUUUGCGAGAAUUUUCUGUAUGGAACAAUAGAUUCACGGGGCCAUUGCCUGAGAGUAUUGGAAACUUAUCCAAUCUUGAGACCUUGGAGGUUGAUAACAAUUCCCUCACUGGGGUGAUCCAUGAAGCCCAUUUUUCAAAUCUCAUCAAGCUGAAAGUGUUAUAUUUGGGGUUAAAUUCUUUGAUUUUGAGAUUCAGCGACGAUUGGGUUCCACCAUUCCAACUGGAUGUUAUUUCUUUGAGCUCUUGCAGAUUGGGACUAGCUUUCCCAAAGUGGCUUCAAAGUCAAAAGAAUUAUCAGGUGCUUGAUAUUUCUAAUGCUGGAAUUUCUGACACUAUUCCAACUUGGUUUUGGGACUUCCCUCCCAGGUUAUCUUCUUUAUCUAUGUAUAACAAUCAGUUGCAUGGAAACUUGCCAGACUUGUCAUCUUCCAGAUUUGAUGAGGUUGUUGUUGUAGAUUUAAGCGCCAACCUUUUUGACGGUUCAAUCCCACAUUUUUUAUUGAAUGUGUUAUCACUAGACCUAUCGAGUAAUAGGUUUUCUGGGCCCAUUUCUUUCCUAUGUGAACUCAAUACUCCAAUGUUAUUGGAGUCUUUAAACCUCUCAAACAAUACACUGUCUGGAGAGCUUCCAGAUUGUUGGAUGUACAUUCGUGACUUGGUUGUUCUUAAUUUGGCCAACAACAAUUUUUAUGGGAAAAUACCAGACUCAAUGGGCUCCCUAGUCUCGAUUCAAUUUUUGCAUUUGAGCAACAAUGGACUUGUGGGAAAGAUUCCGAUGUCUCUUAAGAAAUGUAGCGAGUUAAUAACCAUUGACUUGGGAGCAAAUAACUUGUCUGGAACGAUACCUCCAUGGAUUGGUGAUAGUUUUUCAAAUUUGGUUAUUCUUAACCUACGAUCUAAUCAGCUUUAUGGAAGUUUUCCUUUAAGCCUAUGUCAUCUAUCAUACAUUCAAAUCUUGGACAUUUCUUUGAACAAGAUCGAGGGAACUAUUCCAGAAUGUAUCUCCAACCUGAGUGCAAUGUCUCGUACAAUGGAUACAAUCUCAAGUGCCAUUUAUGCAUAUAAUGCAAGUAGAUCUUAUAUAGACUAUGCAUUCUUGGUAUGGAAAGGAAGAGAGUUUGUGUUCAAAAAUACCUUGGGACUUGUGAAGAUAAUUGAUCUUUCAAUUAACAAAUUACAUGGAGAGAUUCCAGAAGGAAUUACUAAUCUUACAGAAUUAGUCGCCUUGAAUUUAUCGAGAAACAAUUUAUCUGGAUUAAUCACUCCGAAGAUUGGUUUGUUGAGAAAUUUGCAGUGUCUUGAUUUAUCUAGAAACCAACUUUAUGGUGAAAUCCCAAUGAGCAUUUCCAACUUAAGUUUUCUCAGCCAGUUGGACUUGUCCACCAACAACUUAUCAGGCAAAAUCCCAACAGGAACUCAAAUACAAAGCCUCGAUGCUUCUGCAUUUUUGGGAAAUCCUAAACUAUGUGGCUCUCCACUUCCAAACAAGUGUACAGACGAUCUUCAUCCAACCUACCUUAACCCUCGAGGCGACAAGAAUCAGAAUGGUCAGGAAAACAAUGAUGAUAGAUUUAUAACGAAAGGAUUUUAUGUUGCUGCAACUCUUGGAUUCAUUGGAGGUUUUUGGGGAGUGUGUUUCAUGUCAGUGCUAAACAUACGGUAUAUAAUGAAACGUCUCACUUCCAAUGCUCGAAUGAUGCUACACGUGGCAGCAACUCUAUGUAUGCUCACUUUUUAAAGUUAAAUUAUAAGUGAUCCAGGUAGGAGGAGACAUCUACAUCAUUUCAAUAAGCUAGUCGUGAUACUAUAUAUAAUACAUCAAGAUCAUUUUGUUUUUAUUUUUUUAGUGGAUUAGUUGUACUUUUAUUUUUUUCAAUAUAUUGUAUCGAUCAAAAGACAAUUAUUUUAUCUUAGACUAAUUAUUUCUAAAUAUUUUUCAAUGGAUGUAAUUUUAAAUAGGCCCUGUUUGGAUUAGAAAAGUAUUUCAUCUCAUCUCAUCAUGAUUCAUUACAACUUUUGAAAAUUUUCAUAUAAAAUAUAAUAAAUAAUUUAACUUUAUCUGGCCAAUUUGGCAAUUAGAAGAAAUUUUUCUAAUUUAUCUAGCCAGCCAAUUUAAACCACCUUGCAAAUUAAGAUAGUCAUCAUCUCUUAGCAUGCAAUCCAGUCCAAGAGUAUUAAAGAAGAAAUAAAAAGAGAAGACUUUUGGUCUUAGUCUAAUAAUUAAAGCUAAGAUCAAUAAAGAAGAAUCAAGUCAAAGCUGAGAUUUGCUAGCUACUAGUUGGUUGCUUCUUUUAUAAAUAUUGCAACAAGCUUCAUGAUUAAUCAUGUCCAUCGAUCCCAAGAUGACAAAUUAACAUGAAAUUAUCAUUAAAUACAUUCUAUUGAUUUCUCUAGAAACUAAUUAACUUCAUAGUGAAGUUGCAACGAGCUGCAUUUCCAAUUUAAGCUUUUCAAGUCAUUUGGACUUCUGAUCUAAUAACAACUUGUCUGGCAAAAUUCUAAUUGGAGUUCAACUUCAGAUUCUCAAUGCUUUUGCUUUUAUGGGCAAUACUGAACCCAUAUAUAUGGUUCUCCAUUUCCAACAUUUAAAAAAAAAAAAAAGGA